UCUUAAUGUAUUAUUAUUGAUUGAGUGUCAUCUCCCCUCUCUUCCUCCGCCUAUAACAACUCCCCCAUUGUCAAUUUGGGGGCCGCAAACCUUUCCUGUCUUCGAAUUAUAUUUUAGACUGCGCUUGUUGUCUGCUACGCUCUUCUUACAUUCUACCCAAUAUUCGAACAGUCGACUGUUGCGACCGGAGCUGCUUGAGACCAGCUAACGGCCUACUCCCUAUCACCCAAUCCCCACUUGCGACGAUGGAUUUCCUCAAAUCCGCUGUCGCAUCUGCCAUCGCCAAAGGCAGCUCCUUUCCUUACUCUCUCGGAGACAGAGUUGAUAUUGCUGACUCCAUUUGGGCUCUUCAUAAUGCUACGAAACGGGACGACGGGUCCCCUUGUAGUGUGUUUACUUUCGAUAUCGCCGCAAACAAGUCUCGGUUACCGCUUGCCAGAAAUGCAGUGCGAAAGUCUCGAACAUUAAGACAUCCCGGCGUGAUCAAGGUUCUGGACACGAUUGAGACGGACGCCAAUCUAUACAUCGUUACCGAGCGUGUUGUACCUCUAUCCUGGCACGUGAAACGGAGAAGCCUGAGCGAGGAGACGGCCAAAUGGGGUCUAUAUGCUGUCGCAUCUACCCUGAAAUUCAUAAACGCCGAUGCGUCGUCCGUCCACGGUGCCGUCAGAGCCUCGUCGGUGUUCACGGGUGAAAGUGGCGAGUGGAAGCUGGGAGGGUUUGACAUUCUAAGUUCAAUGAAUGAGGAGGACGCCGUUAUAUAUACAUAUGCCAGUCUUCUACCCGACGCGGCUCGAUACACACCUCCGGAAGUUGUCAAGGGAGGUUGGGAUAUCAUCAAGCGGAACCCGCUCACAGCUAUUGACUCAUUCGGACUGGGAAUCCUGAUUUAUGAAGUCUUCAAUGGCAGCUUCACAGGUGGUGACCAGGUGGGCAAGACGACCAACAUACCACCUAGUAUGCACCAGAGUUAUAAACGCCUAUGCACAGCCAACCCUAAGCUGCGGCUGAGUCCCGCUCACUUCGUCGAGCAGGGCAAGAAGAGCGGCGGGUUUUUCCAGACACCGCUCAUUCGCCUAUGCGACGAUAUAGAGAGUCUAGGUCUGAAAAACGAUGUUGAACGAGAAGAAUUCGUAAAUGAGCUCGAUUCCUUGUCGGAGGACUUCCCUGAGGAGUUCUUCAAGAUGAAGGUGCUUCCGGAACUUUUGAAGUCUGUCGAGUUCGGCGGAGGCGGCCCGAAAGUGCUCAGUGCUGUUCUAAAGAUCGGUUCUAAGCUGUCAUCAGAGGAGUUCAACGCGAAGCUUACCCCGAUGAUUGUCCGACUGUUUGGCAACCCUGAUCGGGCUCUGCGGGUCUGUCUGCUGGACCAGCUGCCGAUGAUGAUUGACAACCUACCCCACAAGAUUGUCAAUGAUAAAAUCUUCCCUCAGAUUACCUCCGGCUUCACGGAUGCGGCGCCCGUGGUCCGCGAGCAGACAGUCAAGGCAGUCUUGCCAAUUAUCAACAAGCUCAACGACCGCACUAUUAAUGGUGACCUAUUGAAAUAUCUGGCGCGGACUGCGAACGAUGAACAACCCGGAAUCCGUACCAAUACAACUAUCUGCUUGGGCAAAAUCGCAAAGAAUCUCGGACAGGGUUCGCGAUCUAAAGUUCUCAUCGCAGCGUUCUCAAGAUCCCUUCGAGACCCAUUUGUGCACGCUCGCAGUGCUGGUUUACUCGCGUUAGGCGCAACGAUGGAAUUCUUCUCGGAAGAGGACUGUGCGGGCAAAGUGCUGCCCGCCAUUUGCCCUUCUUUAUUGGAUAAAGAGAAGAUGGUGCGAGACCAGGCAAAUAAGACUCUGGACCUUUACCUUCAGCGCAUCCGAAAGUUUAGCAGCACCAUGGCCGACACGGUGCUUCCAUCCACAAGCAGUCCCGAACCCGCCAAAGACACCGCUCGCAUUGGAACAAGCAACGACAAAUCAUGGGCGGGAUGGGCGAUUUCGUCUUUCACAAAUAAGCUUACGGCGGCCAAUGGCGAAAUUGAGCCUACUGCGAAUGCUGCCAAGCCUGCUGAGCCAGAGCCCGUGCGCUCUGCGUCACUGCCUCGUUCAACCCGGUCAUCGCCACUUGUACCCAAGGAUACAGCGCGCCCCGCGGGCCAUUCUCUGAACCGAUCAGUGUCUGAGCAGCCGCCAAUGGUGGCCAAGGAGGAAGAAUCCGAGGAUGUGUACGACGCUUGGGGUGCAAUAGACGAUGAGGACGAGGGGAGUGCGCUUAAGGAAGCGGAUCCAUUCGAGGAAGCCACAAUCAGCAGCCCUUCCAUACAUGCCCCAGCGCCCAAGGCAGCCGCAGUGCCAUACGAUGAUGGAGGGGAGCCGGACUUUGCAGGCUGGCUUGCGGCGCAGUCGAAAGUCAAGAAGCCGCUGCCUAAGGGCUUGAACAAAUCUAGCUCUGCGACUGUGUCGCGUACAUCGAGUCGUGGCAGCGUGGUUCAAUCGAGGACGGCUGCACCCGCUAAGAAGAUCGAUACCAAACCCAAAGAUGAGGAUGAGGAUGACGGAUGGGGGGAUGCAUGGGACUGAAAUUUUCCAGGAAUUCUUUUGCUAUUGCAUAUAGGCAUGGCGUUGGGCGCAGGGCGGAGUAAAUAUGUGGC